AGCUCCAACCGCGGGAGCGAUACUCUCGCGCGGGCGUCACAACGCCAUGGCAGUGCUGGUGCCCGGGCAGCCUGCACAACUGAUCCUCGAUGAGGAGGAUGUCAUGGAGGACCCCUUCCAAGAUCGCCGGGCGGGGCUGGCGCCGGGCGAGGUUCCCGUGAUGACCUAUACACAGCCUGGCAUGCCAGUCACUACCAUCGAGGUGCCGGCGUAUGCUGACAAGAAGUUCUAUGAUGGCAUGAUGCGUCUCCUAUCGGUCACAUCUGGCAUGGUCAUCUUCCGGUUUCUGGGUCAAACGACCUGGGACAAGGACAUCUACAUGUUUACGCAAGAGAUCUACGCAGAACUUUGCGAGGUGGUGGACACGCGACCGACUUACAUCAUCAAUGUCGCUCGAGGGGAUGUGAGAAGUUUGCCAAUGGCCUUCGCAGCUCUAUCGGACGUCUCUCUCGCGGAGCCUGACACCACCUUUGGAUUUCCCGAAGUUCGUGUAGGUGGUCUGCCAGCGUGCGUGACCGUCGCCAUGCGCAAGCGGAUCAGCGACGACAACAUUAGGAGGUUAAUCACUGAUGGCAAGGCCAUUGACGCUCGCGAGGCUCAAAGGAUCGGCCUCGUGGAUUUCGUGGGCGACGUGGAGACGGAACUCUCCCGGAUAAUCUUCAAGAAUUGCAAGCCCAAAGUAACCAAUGUCAUGUACCGCCCUGAUUGCGAGAGAGCAUGGGCGCAAUAACCGCAGGGCCUUGAAGGCGAAAGAACCAUCAUCUUCCCAGUAGUGAAGCAGAGAAAGGCUGAUGAGCAUGCAAGACCGAACAAAAAAAUUGUAGACAGCACUAGACCAGUGUAUAGUGUUUUGCAGGUGCUCAGCAGGCCUCCGCAUAGAAGAGCCAUCAGUUAGUUUGACAAGUCCAUCAGUGGCUAGGACCUAGGAGCCUGGUAUGAAC